AUGUCUGGUCGUGGCAAAGGAGGCAAGGGGCUCGGCAAAGGAGGCGCCAAGCGCCACCGCAAGGUUCUCCGAGACAACAUCCAGGGCAUCACCAAGCCCGCCAUCCGACGCUUGGCUCGCCGAGGCGGAGUCAAGCGCAUCUCGGGGCUCAUCUAUGAAGAAACGCGUGGCGUCCUCAAGGUCUUCCUGGAGAACGUCAUCCGCGAUGCGGUCACUUACACGGAGCAUGCUAAGAGGAAGACUGUCACGGCCAUGGACGUUGUCUACGCCCUGAAGCGGCAAGGACGGACUCUGUACGGCUUCGGAGGCUAA